AUGAUGCCAUCUCCAAAACACAGUUCACGCAACUUGCAAUACAUCACCUUUGCAGGUGGAUCGCUGUUUGGGUUCGUGCUUUCAUCACUACUCUUCUUGUCUCAUUUUCAUUUCGAGAGCACCAUUGGUGCUUCCUGUUCGGGUUUGGAUGCGUUGAUCACCACUGCCUCCAAGAAUCAUCAUCUGAAGAGACAACGACGAACAACAAUACCUUCUACUUCAAACGAUGGAUGGAAACAAAUCAAUGUCUUUUACGGGGAUCAAAAGCACAUUGCCGAUGUCACCACACUUCCCAAGCCGUAUUUUGAAGUCAAUCAAUGGUUUUCUCAAUACCGACAAGACGAAAUUGUGGCCCGCCUUUUGAAUUCUAAAAAACAAGGAUUCUUUGUCGAUUUGGCUAGCAAUGAUGCGAUCCGAAUAUCCAAUACGUACGCAUUAGAGACUCAAUUGGAUUGGAAGGGGAUUUGUUUGGAACCCAACCCAGUCUAUUGGGGCGGCUUGGCCUAUCGCAAGUGUGAAGUUGUGGCGGCAGUGGUGGGGAAUCAAACUCUAGAAGAAGUUCAUUUUACCUUUCCCAAGGCCAAGGCGCCAAAGGGAGGGAUUGUGGGUGGACAAUUUGACAACAAGAAUGACGAUAACAAAUUCAAUACGAUACAACGACGGUAUACAGUCACGCUCAAGGAGAUAUUUCAAACCUUCCAGGCCCCUCGUGUCAUUGAUUAUUUGAGUUUGGAUGUGGAAGGGGCGGAAGACUUGGUGCUGUCAUCCUUUCCAUUUACGGAGUAUCGAUUCAACGUCUUGACGGUUGAACGGCCCAGUGAGCCAUUAUCUCAACUCCUCAACGAAAAUGGAUACAGUCUUCUCAAAACACUCAAGGCGGGCAAAGAAACCUUGUGGAUACAUGAUUCCAUUCGGGAAGAAAUCGAUGUGUCUGCAUUGAAAAUUGACUCUCAGAACUACAAGUAUCGAGAAAGCAUGCCAUUGGAACGAAUAGCUCCAGAAGAAAUGAAGAAGGAGUAA